CAGGCGAUGAAGCGCCGGACAAUGAGGACUAUUAUUCGUUGCUGAACGUGCGGCGGGAGGCCUCUCAAGAGGAGUUAAAAGCCGCCUACCGCCGGCUGUGUAUGCUGUACCAUCCUGACAAGCACAGAGACCCCGAACUCAAGACCCAGGCAGAGCAGCUCUUUAACCUCCUCCAUCAGGCUUAUGAAGGUGGUGGAAAGGAGGAGGACCCCGGCCGAGAUCCGGGAGGAAUUUGAACAAUUGCAGCGCGAGAGGGAGGAGAGGCGGCUUCAGCAGCGGACCAACCCCAAAGGCACGAUUAGCGUCGGAGUGGACGCGACCGACCUGUUUGACCGUUACGACGAGGAGUUCGAAGAUGUGUCGGCCAGCGCUUUCCCCCACAUCGAAAUCAACCGGAUGCACAUAUCGCAGUCCAUCGAGGCCCCGCUCACGACCACGGACACCGCCAUCCUCUCGGGAAACCUCUCGACGCAGAACGGCAACGGCGGCGGCUCCGUCAGCCUGGGCCUCCGACGGGUGACCUCCGCCAAAGGAUGGGGAGAGCUGGAGUUCGGAGCUGGAGACCUGCAGGGUCCCGUUUUUGGCCUGAAGAUGUUUCGCAAUCUCACGCAACGAUGCUUCGUCACCACUAACUGUGCCCUCCAGUUCUCCUCGCGCGGCAUCCGUCCCGGUUUUACGACGGUCCUGGCACGAAAUCUGGACAAGAACACCAUGGGCUACCUCCAGUGGCGCUGGGGCCUCCAGUCCGCCAUGAACACCAGUGUCGUCCGGGACACCAAAACCAGCCACUUCACCAUGGCCUUCCAGCUGGGCAUCCCCCACUCCUUCGUCAUGGUCAGCUACCAGCACAAGUUCCAGGACGAAGAUCAGACGCGGGUCAAAGGAUCCCUGAA